GUCAUAUUUUAGCCGUCAAUUCGACGCACAUGUGUAAUCUCACAGUGCUGUCCAUUUCAUUGCAGAGAGUGCAAACAAUUAACAAAUCUUUCGGUGCAAAGAUUUAAUUUCCAAAAACGAAAAACGAUCCAACAACGCUCUGUGCAAUAAAAUGGAUCUGAAAAGUAAAACGGAAACAGUGAUAAAAUCACUGCUAAUUUCAAGUCCCAGAUCAUUGACAAUCAGCGAUUUGGACAGUGAAUUCUUAAAAUCGGAAGGUUAUGCAAUACCGUUUGAUAGUCUUGGAUACGCUCAUUUGAAAGAAUUUCUGCUGAGCAUACCGGACAUCUUAACGAUUUCUUAUUCCGGUGACAUUAUACCAGUGGCAACGAACGGUCGAUCCUACCACAUCCACAAAUUUGUGGCAUCAAAUGCAUCUACAAGCUUCAACCGAUUCAACGAUACUUAUCGUUAUCCACGGUCCCAUCCUAGAAUCAAAAUUGGCUAUUCGUCCCGAGACUUCAACCUUGACCACGAAUCGUCCAACGAGAUGAGUCGAGUCGAUGUGAGGCCACGGCUAGUAAAAGCUGCUGACUUUACUGGAGGAGACCAAGGGCCCAUCGAUCGACCACCAAUUGGAUGGACCGAUGUACCACCAAUUGUGGUACCGAAGCAAGUGGAAAUUGAGGAGCUGAACAAAACCCGUCAUGCUGCCGAUGAGGCGUUACCAUUUAUAGAUCAGGAUGAUCCGAUCCAUUUCCUUGGACUCGGAUUAACAUCGUCAAAUGUCGGAGUCAAAAUUCCAAGUCCAGCCUUGACGGAAUUCAAAUCGGGACAUUCAUACCAUGUGUUCGUAACGGAAAUCAACCGACUGUCGAGCUUUUGGUUCGUGUUAUGCAGCAGUAGAACGGAAUACAUUCUGAUGGAAGAGCAGCUGAGGUUGCACGACAACAAAGCCACAAUGAAGUCUUUCGAAAUGGUGCCAGGGAUUGCUUGUUUGGUCGCACAUAAAGAGAAGGUUCUGCGUGCAGAGUUCUUGGAAAAGCCGGUCAAUGGCAAAGUGACAGUCUGUUUUGUGGAUUACGGCACUGUCGAUGUAGUUCACAUAUCCCAAUGCCAUCGAAUUAACAAAUAUUUCGCGUUGAUUCCGAAGCUGUGUUUUCCGGGUGCAUUGGAACUUGGGCUGAUGCCAAGCGGUCGUGAAAGUGAAUCGGCGCUCAUUCAACGCUUCUGUAAAAUGGUCGAGGACAAACCACUGUGUGGCUAUGUAACACGAGUCGAUCGUAAGAAUAUGCUGGUGCGAAUGGUUCUGGUCGAUACUUCGGACGCGACGGAAGAUCUCAUAGUCAAUCGGGAACUGUUAACGGGCUAACUGCGCCAUCGGAUGUGUGGUUGUUUGUCGUUUCAUUUUUUUUUGAAAAACUAGCGGGAAAAUUGGCGAAGUAAAAAGGAGGACGAAAUUU